AGGUAGCCUGACCGGAGGGAGGUGGUGCUAUUGCGCGCAAACCGCUAACCCUGCGCAAACUACAGUAUAACUGCGUGCAUAUCCACCGCACAGUUGUUAUGGAUUAAGGUUUCGAGGAGAGGUGAGCCCUGUGCAUCAUUCGGAACACGCCUGCGGUAUCUGCGAUGAGGCGCUGUUGAAGUCUGUGCGCGCUGCCAGGGAUCAGUUUUUGGAGUCGCCAGCAGUGCGCGACACAAGACACACGAUCUGGAGGACUGGUCGCAUCACCGUUUUCCCAAACUUUUACUUUGCUGCCCUCCGUUGCACGUAUUUUCUAGCGUGGGAUUUCUUUUCCUGAAGUGCAUCUGGAGCUGUUUCCGUCGCGUUCUGAGUGUUUCUCUAACAUGGGGGAAAGCGUGCGCAUCGGGCAGAUAUGUUUUCGCUCUGUGGAAGUUUAGCCCUGCGCCCGCUCUCCUAAACUCUCAUCUUCUGAUCAAUCACACUUGGACCGAACACUGCAAGGAGGUUUUUAAAAAAAAAAAAAAAAAAACGACGGGUGGAAAUGACCAGCGAGCUGAAACCGCGGCUUUGUCUCAUGGUAAAAGGGGAGACCGGGUAUGGAUUUCACUUGCAUGGAGAGAAAGGGAAGAGCGGACAGUUCAUCCGCAAAGUGGAGCCCGGCUCCCCUGCAGAAGCGUCGGGGCUGCGCGCUGGGGACCGUGUGGUGGCAGUGAACGGCGCUAACGUGGAGAAGGAGACACACCACCAGGUGGUGCAGCGGAUCAAAGCCUUGGACAAUGAGACCCGGCUGCUGGUGGUGGACCAAGAGACGCACGAAAGCCUGCGCAGCCUGCGCCUCACAGCCACGGAGGAGAUGGCCGUCAUCGGGGCCAGGCCUCCGUCCUCCCCCUCCCCUCCCCCGUCCUCAGUCCCAUCCUCCCCCAGCAAGAAGCGGGAGAAUGGCUCGGUGUCCAAGCAGCCGGUCACACUGAGCGGCCAGGUGCAGAAGCCCACCAGGAGGUCACCUUCUAAGGCUGCGAAGAAGGAGGCUCUUGUCCAGGCUGAAGCCCAGCCCCAGCCCCAGUCACGGCCCCAAGUCGACCCAUCCGAGCUCGUUCCACGUUUGUGCCACCUGGUGCGGUCUGAGACGGGCUACGGCUUCAACCUGCACAGUGAUCGAUCCAGACCCGGACAGUACAUCCGCUCGCUAGACCCAGGAUCAGCUGCAGACCACGCCGGGCUCCGGCCUCAGGACAGGCUGGUUGAGGUAAACGGCGUGAACAUCGAGGGCAUGCGGCAUGCAGAGGUGGUGGCCUUCAUCAAGAAAGGUGGAGAUGAGACAUGGCUGUUGGUGGUGGAUCCGGACACGGACGAGCACUUCAAGAGGAGGGGGGUUGUCCCCACCAUCAACCAUGUCAGAGACUACGAUGGUCCAUCCAUAUCCAACGGCUCGGCCAACCCUCAGAUCAACGGCAGCUCCACCACGCAGUCCAUCAGAUCCACGCGCUCCGACCUCAGCAGCCAGGGCAACAGCACACAGCUGAUGGACGAUGAGGGUCGGCUGCUGGACCCGUUCGCUGAGAUGGGCUUGAGCGCCACGGCGGCAGAAGAAAAGAUGAAGGUCCAUGCCAAAGAGAAGAAGAAAGCGCCGCAGAUGGAUUGGAUGAAGAAAUACGAGCUGUUCAGCAACUUCUGAGACGUUCCCCUCCGAGGACAAUUCAAACACCAAAGGACAGAGAUAUGACCUCUUCGGACCCCUCCACGCGGACGAGAUUGUGUUAUGGGACAAUGUUACUACACAGAUGAUGUUUCCUCUCAGAGAAAGAACAACAAUUCCCCCAUAGAACAGAAGAUUUGUUUGUUUUGUUUUUCCUGGAAUCAAAUGUGACAAAAGGAAACUUUUGUGACAAAAGGAAACCUACAAUGGAUUUGACUUUUUAAGCCACUUAAGAGACUCUUUACCGGCUUGCUUUCAAAGUGCUUAAUGACUGCAAAAACUGUGCAUCUCGAAACACUUCCCAUACACGUGCUUCUGUCAGAUGGGAAACAGAUCUUCACGAAUUUGCCUAAAUCUUCACCGCUCUCUGUCUUUAAUCGUCCCAUUCUCCCCGAGCCAACAGACUCGUUUCAAACAAAUGUGGGAGGCAGUUAUUUUUUAUAUUUAAAAAAAAAAAAAAGUAUAUACAAACAAACAGUAUCCCAUCAUUAUGGACUGCAUUUAACGAGAAGUUUUACGGACACUGUGACGUUAAUGAUUGUGGACACUGUGGGAGUUUCGGCCCAUCAGUCAGAGGAAGGCCAAAGUUGGCGGAAGAUCACUGUGAAAGAGUUGAGACCCUCCACCUCCGGCCCACGCAGACGCUCGAUAAUAAUAACCACAGGCCGAGACAAGGAGCGCUGUGUGUGCUGGUUGUGUGUAAUGUAACCUACACGUAUUUGUACUGGUCGUCAGAUCGGCCGUGCUUCACUUUCCGUUACUUAUUACUUAGCGCCGCCACUAACCUCUCUUCCCAAAGUGCUACGGUGUAUAUGAGUAUGACAAAGGGAAGCACCACUAAAAUGACAGUUAUUGAGAAAAUAAUGGAAACUGGAAUGUAGAAGACAGGAAGGAUUCUCAGGUCACGAGGCAUCACGAGGGAGUUUAUCAUUUGCUUGGUGUGUACAGCAGAGGGCAAACUUACACCACAAAUAGAGGCUACUUCUGGCACUUAACUGAGACGAUGUUUAUCCAAGAAGAUAUACGGGGGUUGUGUUGGGCUAAUUUCCUAGUUAAACAUAACAUUUUUGUACGGAUUAAACCAACAAGAUAAACAGUUGUACUAUUUUUGAGCUUCAAAGGUGCUGGAAGGUUGAUUUUGUCACCUUUUGGGCUGGGCUAAGCUAACUGGCUGCUCAGUAGCUUCAGACUUGAGAGGGUGGUACAGUGCUUCUCAUCUAACUUUUCCACUAGAGAGCGAGUAAGAGUAUUUCCCAAAAUGACAUACCGUCCCUUUAAUUACACGAGGCCCGGAGCCAGGAACGAAGGGGAGAUUAAGGCUCAAAAGUGCAGUUAGCAUACUUGAGGCUAACAUUGGGAGAGAGGAGAGUCGAUCGGCAGUGUUAGCAGGUUUGUCGUCGGGCGGAGGGAGGCGCAGGAGGAGCGCACAGUGAGGUCAGAGAUGCUUUGGAGGGCGAUCUAGUGAAAGAGACUGUGGGAGCCAUGGAGCUUACUGAGGAUUACUCCGCAUACAGGGACAGCUGUCAUACACAUGCUCACGCACAUUUGGAGCUCAAAGUGUGCAUGUGUGUGUGUGUGUGUGUGUGUGUGUGUGUGUGUGUGUGAGGAAGAGGUAUAGGCUAGAAUGCCACAAUCCAAGCAAUCUCGAGGUGAUGCAUUACAACAAGUGGGACUCCAAGUUGGAGAAAUGUCGGUCACGUAUGCGGACAUGUUGUGUUUUUUUUUUCCUUUUUUUUCCUUGUACCCGUUCACAUCCUUCCCUGUACUCCACACCAGCAGAAGUGUCUUGAUUCAUCUGUGAGCAUCAGUCUGCGUGUGCGGCAGAACCUCUCUAUGUUACCAUGGCUGAUGUACAUACAGUAAAAGCAUACAGUAUA